AUGGGAUUCAUCACAGAUUUAAAGAAUUCCUUUGUCCUAAAUAAGUUCUCUGAAGAAAACCUGAACCGAAAGGACAUAGGAUCGAUAUGUUUGCUUCUUCUUCUAUAUAUACUUCAAGGAAUACCAAUAGGGAUACAGAACACAAUCCCAAUCAUGUUAAAUAAUAGAGUUAGCUACUCCAAAAUUGCAAUUUUAUCUUUGGUAACCUUCCCGUUUUCAAUCAAGCUGUUAUGGGCCCCAAUUUUAGACUUUUUCUAUAUUAAAAGGAUAGGUAAACGGAAGAGUUGGAUAAUCCCCGUACAAGUGAUUUGUGGUUUACUGUUGCUCUACGGAAGUUAUGAUAAACGCAUGGAUAAAUGGUUAUUUCCAGCCCCUUCUGAUACACUAACUGCCAAUUUGGCGGAGGAAGGAAGUAGUCUUCUGAACAAAACCUCUACAACCCAAAUAAUGAGCGGUAAGAUAUUUCUCUUUUUCUUAGUGCUCUAUUUUCUACUAGCUACACAAGAUAUCGCAGUUGACGGGUGGGCCCUUACCAUUUUAAGACCUCACCUAAGAUUACACGCCUCAGCCUGUAACUCCGCAGGACAGUCAUUCGGAGCAAACCUUGCAUUCUUCCUGAUCCUUGGCUCAAACUCGAUCUUCAAUACAAUGUGCAAAUUCUCAAAGACGUUCCAUAACCACUUUGAAUCUUUUUGUAGCCAUUUAAAGACCUCAGAUUGUGUAUGCCACAAGUGCGUGGACCCGGUAGUAACAAUUUCAGGAUUUAUGAGAUUCUUCGGGAUCAUAAUAUUAAUUACGACAUUUUUCUUAAUGUUUAAGAAGGAGACUGCAUCCUCUAGUACUUCAAACACUCCAAGUACAGUUAGUGAAGUUUCCUAUAACGAUACAACAAUGGAUCUUACGAUCCCAGACUCCUUUAAUUACCGUAAACAUAAAGAUUCUGGUGUUUCAGCUCACAAUAUGGAUGCUGUAAAGGAUUCAUCGGAAAUAUUCGAGCUGGAAUCCGUUAGAGAAAUACUAGAGUAUGAUUUGGAGACGGGGAUUAAAGGCCGAUUUAGAAUGUGGAAUAGCUACAAAACCCUGAAAAAAGUUAUUACACUGGCACCAAUUAAGACUUUGGCGUUUUUACUCUUGACAAAGUAUCUCUUCUUCUCGCCAGAAAAUCCAAUUGACCUUAAAAUGCUAUCAUACGGACUCUCUCAAGACUUGUACGCCAUAACCAAGUCUUUCACAAUCGUCGUAGAUAUCAUCUUCCCUCUUGUGUUAUUCAAUUCAGUAUUUAUUAUACCUUUCAUACAUAAAUUAACUCUAUUUCAGACUUCUUACUACAUUGUACUAUAUGGAAUUAGCAACACUUUAUACCGAGCUCUAAUACUUAGAUUCGCAUCACUAAUAAUAUCAACAGUUUUUUUGAUACUCACCAAGUACUAUUACAAACAUGAUCACUAUACCGAGACGAAUUUCGUAUACGUCCUCAUCUUAUCAUUCGUGAUAAUUCUGAGGAGAAUAUCACAGCUAUUAAACACAGUAACAGAUGUGGCGCUGUUUAACAAGGUCUCUGACCCCAAAAUCGGAGCAAUCUACAUGACACUCCUCAACACACUCGCAAACUUCGGAGGAUUCUACCCAAAUUAUAUAGCACUUCUGCUAGUCGAUACACUCACAUUCAGUAAGUUAUUUGGCGGUGUAGCUACAGAAAAAAAACUAGGAAUAAAUGGAGUGUUCGUGGAGUGUUUGAUUUGUAUAAUCUGCGGAUUCUGGUUGAUCCCUAGGUUUAAGCUGAUGUUUGAAAAACUCGACCAGUACGAUGAGAGGGAUUGGACAAUUGAGGAUUACACAUAG